GAAAUUAGCAAGCCUCGCUGCAUUGCACGAUUUCUGCUUUAACUCGGUUGGAAAUCUGCCUGAGCAUUGAUUUUAUUCCGGCUUCGGAAGUGUCUGCAGGCAGACAUUGUUUUCUUGUUGCAUCAGCGCGUCGCCUACCGUCGAACUCGAAGGCAAUAAUAUACACCACCGCUAUUGAAUAACACGCAUCUACGCCUUUCCUGUCCCUCUUCAACCCUCGACUCCCACAUCCAAAUAUCGAAAAUGUUCAAGAAGAAGCCUCAGAUCAAGAACCUGUCCCCUCUACGGUCCUCGGAUCGUCGAAAACUCGCCGACCAGAUCAUUGCAGACUACAAAGUGCAUGUUCCAACAUUAGCAGAGAUCGAUCCUACCACUACGACCGCAGACGGGCAGGCUCCCACAAGCAAUCCUACUCCUGCCCUGUCAUCUGUGCGGACCUCUCUCGUUCCCGAGUCAUGUCUGUCUGCACGCUUUACCACACAUGCCGGCCCUAACUCUACUCUGGUCUCCGGAACAAUUUACGUCGGUGCGCAUCCAGGACAAGAGGAGAGAAUAUUAUGGAUACAAUAUGGGAAAGAUGCGAAGCUUUACCCUACGGUAUACACACUGUGGCACAACCCGGGUAUAGUUCCACUUCUGCACACACCAGACUUCGUGGUCGAGAAACUCCGCACGGGAGCGGACUUGAUGACUCCCGGCCUUGUUGGUGGUCCACCAUGGCCGGAGCGUGCAAAACAAGGAACGGUAAUAGCUGUCGCAGGACUUGAAAAGCCCAGCGUACCGAUAUGGGUGGGCAUAUGCAAGAUUGACAUAUCUAGUCUCGGCCGCGUGCAAGGAAGCAAAGGAGCAGCGGUCGAAGGUGUCCAUUGGGAAGGUGAUGAACUCUGGAACUGGAGCCAGACUGGGAGUGGUGGACGAGCUCCACCGGAGAGGAUAGAAGAUUGGGAACCGACACCAGAAGGCGUCGAAGAAGGCGUGGGAAAGUUGGAUCUCGAAGAUGAUGAUGAAGAUGAUGCGCAAGAGGGUGGUGUUGCCCUGGAGUCUUCGAACAUCGCAGGUCAAAGUGGUGCUGAAGGAAAAGGGUUCAACGGAGUACACGAAGAAGGAGAGCCUGAACACGAACCCAGUACUGCGGAGGUCGACGAAGCCUUUGUGCAAGCGUUCAUCUACGCUAUCUACAACGCCAAAAAGGACGGUGACCCUCCGCACUACGGCAUGGACUUCCCACUGCAGCCUUCGUUCGUCAUAGCGAACAUGAUACAGCCGCAUCUCAAAUUCCAGAACCAGCACUUCACGAUCAAAAAGACCUCGUGGAAGAACACCAAGAAGUUCAUUAAACACUUGGACAAGUCAGCCCUUGUCAAGACAAAAGACAGAAAUGGUGGCGAAACAGUCAUUUUGGAUAUCGACUUCCACGAUGAAAAGGUCAGGGCCUUCGCACCUUACAAGCUGCCAAAGCCGAAGACCGCGUCGGCUACCCCGAAUGACGGCGGACAGGCGACAUCCAAUGGGGGCGGCGAUCCUUCCUUGGGCCAAAAACUCACCUUACAAACAGUCUACCGUGCUUCAAGCAAACUUGUUCCCGACCUGAUUCCGUCGAAGACCACGUACUACACCUCCUCACAGAUCUCAGCCUUCCUGAAGAAGUACUUCGAGAACAACCCGUCACUAUCGACAGGCACGUCCUCUCCACGAUUCGUCAAGCUCGACCCAUUCAUCGCAAACAACAUCCUAUCUUCCAAUCCUUCGGCCAGUGACACAAGGACGCUAGCAUUAGGAGAAAUCGCCCGCGACGCCCUCCUUAAACGCAUUCUCGACGACUCACAUCUCUGCCUACCACAUUGGCUCCUCCUACGAAAUGGACAGACAUAUGAUCCAGAUAACCCCGAUCCAGCCCUUAAGCCCAAGUCCGGUCCGCCUCCUCACGUGAACAUCGUGCUGGAGAAGCGGACGGGAACGAAAGUCGUCACCAGGAUUUCAGGUCUUGAGGUCUUCGGCAUCAAUCCGCAUCUUCUGGGCCCAGAGUUGCAGAAGAAGUGUGCAGGCAGUGCAAGUGUAGGACAGCUGAUAGGUGGCAAGCCUGGAGUGAUGGAGGUCCUGGUGCAAGGCGACCACAGUGAUGUUGUGGAGAAGGAGGUGGGCAGACGAGGCGUGGACAGGAGAUGGGUGGUUGUCGACGAUAAGACGAAGAAGAAAAAGAAAUGAAUGGACGACCAAAAGGCAAUGAAAGGACUCUGGUUGAAUAUUACUGAGAGCAUUGGUCUUGAAUUCCUACCGUGAAGCCAGUUUGGACAUACGCGUCUCGAGGCAUUGCGCUGGCGAAGGCUCUACCUUACUCAGUGUAUACUGUAGAUAUUCCGCGACAAGCAAUAUACUUGCCCACGACAUCCCUCACUCCCCAUCCUGCUCGUCCUCGGUCCAUUGCCUCCGUUGUGGGAACACUUCUCACCUUCAACGAUCCUACCUGUUCUAGCGCAUGCAGUCCUUCCUCUCCCUGCUGGCAUGCAUUCGAGUCCAGUUCCAUAUCUGCCUUUGCAUGCAUACUAUACCUAGGUACUAGUACUGUGGGUACAGUAGGUGCAUACA